CUGUGGGUCGUUUAAAUAGUUAAUUAAGCGAUGCGUAGAUAAGGCAGAUAAAAUAUUUAAAUUGUUAUUAUAUUUAUUGUUUAACUUAACUUGUGAUUAUUACAUUUAACUUUAGUGUCUAUCAAAAUUAGAGAAGAACAGCGAUACGCUCCUGAGAGACAGAACUGAGGGCAACAACUUCCCACAUCGACUUCUGACUCGGAAGUGACUUUGUUAGGCACAAACGAGCGGCUGGUUUUCAUUCAAUACACGAAAAAACAUAUUUUAGAAAAUAUAAUAAAACGAUUUUUGAGUUGGGACUAAACGUAAACAGACCGAAAUGUUUUACCAUAUUUCUUUGGAGCACGAAAUCUUACUACAUCCGAGAUAUUUUGGUCCGAAUCUGCUGAACACCGUGAAGCAGAAGCUCUUCACAGAGGUCGAGGGGACCUGCACUGGCAAGCAUGGCUUCGUCAUUGCCGUUACCACCAUUGACAACAUCGGUGCUGGCGUAAUCCAACCAGGCAGAGGUUUUGUCCUCUAUCCAGUCAAAUACAAGGCCAUUGUCUUCCGUCCGUUUAAAGGAGAAGUUGUGGAUGCAGUGGUCACUCAGGUUAACAAGGUCGGAUUGUUCACAGAAAUAGGUCCCAUGUCCUGCUUCAUCUCUCGCCACUCGAUCCCCAUAGAAAUGGACUUUGACCCCAAUUCUAAUCCACCCUGUUAUAAGACAGUUGAUGAGGACAUUGUAAUCCAGCAAGAUGAUGAGAUCCGGCUGAAGAUUGUGGGAACCAGAGUGGAUAAGAAUGACAUUUUUGCCAUUGGAUCUCUCAUGGAUGAUUAUCUGGGUCUUGUGAGCUAAUUUUCUUCUGAGAAGCAAGAAACAGUGGGACUUUAUUGCGUUGUAUCUCAGUUUGUCUGUCUUAAUUACUAUUAAGACAGACAAAUUACUAUUUUUCUUCUGUUCUGGUAUAGAGAUGGGGGCCAAGCCCUAUAGGCACAUCAUGUUAUUAUGCUGUACAGCCUACUUUUUUUUUUUUUAUGGAAAUGUUGUAAGAGUGUUAACAAAUUUACUUAAAAAUUGCUAACGAAUAGAAGUAUCCAUAUUUGUAGUGUUUGUUAUUUUGAAUGCUCAUCAUUCCUACAUAUUUUUUGCUUUUGCUGUAAUAAAAUAUUUAAU